AUGACACCAACACGCACUCAAGAUGUCGAGUACGAAGUGCUUCAUCCCGGCCAGCACGGUCGUAAGGACGGCACAACACCGAGAGCACCGCGAACUUGGAAGGUCGCACUGUCGAUGGCUUGCUCGAUCAUAGCUGGGCUGGUGUUUGCCUUGGUUCAUCACUUCUUCUACACCUAUUGGAAUGGGAAAGUCGUGUCCAGCGACGCACAACAGCGUUGGAUCAUACGAGGCGGAACUGCUUUUGCUUUUGGCUUGAAAACAACCCUGGCUUUGGGCACCAGCAUCGCCUAUGUCCAGUACUUCUGGUUGACUGUCUGUUCCAAGGAGUUUGAGGUGGGCAAGAUCAACUCGAUUUUCAAGGUUCUGGGCAAUGCCUUUGAAUUGUGCGAUUUGAAACUUUGGUUUCGGCUGCCCGUCCUGGCCUCGUUGGCCAUUGUAACAUGGACUCUCCCUAUUGCGGCCAUCAUCUCACCUGGCACGCUCAUAGUAACUCCGUCGACGGGAAACAGAACAGAACAUCUGGGAGUGCCACAGUUUGACUAUCGAGAUUAUACCCCAUUUGCUUCGCCCCUCCCCUCCGAUGACGCCAAAUUCGCCGGAGCCAGCAAUACACUCGUACAACUGGCCCUCGGAAGCGCUACUACCCAGUCCAUCCUGUCUAUAUCGCCGCCAGUCGCCAACUCGACAUACGCCGUCAAGAUGUACGCCCCGGCCCUGACAUGCCAAGUACCAGCCCGGAACGAUUCCCUUGCUAUAGAGGGCGCGUAUACUAACUAUGCGGACACCUCGGGCGGGUUUGGCAUCAACUAUAUGGCGUGGGUCCCCUACGGCGACGGUGCCGAGAACGGAUGUCAGAAUGGAAGCAUUGCCAUCCCGUCAGAUCUCACCACCAACAAGCUACCCAGCACAACCGACAGUUGUUACGACGGUUACAGUGCCAAACUCAACAUUUUCAUCCCGUUCAACACGGCCAGCGACGCAACUUUCUCCGAGUCUUCGGUUCUGCUCAACUGUUCACUCAUGAAUGCUUCGUACACCGUCAACUUUGAUUUUCGUGAUCGUGCACAACGUGUGAACGUCCAGAGUCGAGAGCUCUUGAACGGGGUUGCAGGUUUGUCAAGUUACGAGGAGUUGUUUGACGACUCCCCAUCCAUGUUUAAUAAGCUAUUGUCCUACAUGUCUGUUAAUCUACAGAUGGAUGCGUUUGGGCGUAUUAUGGUGGGCACGAUAAACACAGAUCACUACGGGACGAUUACGCCGGCCUAUACCCUCGUGCUUUCCACCGGACUCCGAUCGCAGUUGUCUGGAGUCACGAACAACGUGCCUAGUACCAGUAAUGCCACCUUUGCGCGGUCGGUGGAGAAUCUAUUUGAAAACAUGACCAUGAGUCUCCUCAGCUCAAAUGACUUUAUUGUCGACUUUUCAAACGAGACCGAAGCCGCUGGGACACCCUUGACGGCCGUCACAAUUUACUAUCCUCAGAACAUCUACACAUAUGAAGCAGCGCAGCUGUGGCUGGCCUACGGCAUCGCCAUCCUCGCCAACGUCCUCUGUUUGCUGACCGGCAUGUUCGCGAUGCGGCGCAAUGGACUCUCCUACAGCAAUGACUUCACAACCAUCAUGAGAACGACCCGCAAUCCCAACCUCGACCUUCUGGUACCCGAAGCCGAAUCCAAUGGUGCGGAGCCGGUUGCGCCACGGACGAAGAAGGGGACACUCACGUACCAACGCUCAAAUGAGUAUGGGUGGGCCGGCUUUUCGGCCAAGGGAAUGCAGUAUUGA